UCGUCACCGUUAGCGUGCAAUAAGCCGCACAGUGUCCGACAAGACGGCCCAAUGACACCUUCUUGUGAAUGUCACGUCAUGCAAUGAGCGUUGUCCUCCCUCGCUACUCACCCAUACAGGAUGGGACCGAGCGGGAUGAACGCGGGAGGGCCGUUCGCGCCCCCUUCGGGACUCGGUGCGAAGUUGGGCUCCGACGGCGCGCUGGCCAGCUCGGCGUUCUCGCUCAUGUCGAGUCCCUUCGCGGGUCUGGACGAGGCCAGCCUGCGGCAGCGGCUGUCGGGCCAGCCGCCGGCGCCCCCCUGGGGAGGCUCCGUCCAAGAGGUCACCGCCAGGCUGCUCUUCAUGGUCAUCCGAUGGGUCAAGUGUCUGCCCACCUUUCAGACUCUCUCCAAGGGGGACCAGGUGACCCUGCUGGAGGAGUCGUGGAAGGACCUGUUCCUGCUGUACAUGGCCCAGUGGUCGGUGGCUGCUGACCUGGUGUCCUCCCUGCCGGGACUCAAGGGCGGAGCGGGAGCCGCGCUCCGGCUGCACCCGGACGCGCUGGCGGCCCUCGAAGGCUCCCCGCACCAGGGCGCCGAGCUCCACUACAUCCAGGACGUGAUGCGCAGGCUCAGGCAGCUCUCGCCCGACGACACCGAGUGCAGCUGCCUCAAGGCCGUCGUGCUCUUCAAGCCAGAAACAAUCGGCCUCUGCGACGUGCACCCCGUGGAGAUGCUCCAGGACCAGGCGCAGUGUGUUCUCGGAGACUACAUCCGCCAUAAGCACCCGCGGCAACCGACCCGAUUCGGCAGGCUGCUGCUGCUCCUGCCCAGCCUCAGGGCCAUCAGCGCCGCCACGGUGGAACGACUGUUCUUCAAGGACACCAUAGGCAACAUACCCAUCGAGAGGAUCCUCGGCGACAUGUACAACAUGGAGAAGGUCGACUGAAGUCGCCUGCAAGUGCCGUGAUUUUGCUGAACGCUGAUUAAUGCCUCUUACGUCGUUCGGACGUGGCUAAUGAUGUCCAGGCUGGCUGCUGACGAAUAGAUAUUGUAGUGGCGUACAAGGGGUCAAGGCUGCCGGAAGAUCCGUCGCUUUGGACAUCCGUCCCUCGGGCUGUGUCGGUGGCCGAUCUUGGUCGGAAAUGAAUGUGUGAAGCUGUGGUGGAAGUUUCGGCUGAAUCGAAAUUACAAGGUCCUUCUCUGCGACAGAGUACAAAAGGGUAGAAAUAAAUGGCGCACAAAAGUGACGGACGAAUGAAGGAAAAAGACAGCAGACGAGCUCUUGUUCGAUCUCCCUGUCUUCUUCGUCUUUAUCUUUUCUGUGCUAUUUAUUCUUCAUUGUGAAUCUCUACCGAACCUCAUUUGGUUCUGCGCGCUUUCUGAAUGAAACAUAUGUAAUGACACUACUAGAGGGGUAUCAAUUUUCGCAAUUCUCUUUGUAUUAUGAUCCAAGUAUCCGCGACAAGCUAAGCUUACCUCCUGUAAAAAUCGCUCCUUAUUACUGACACUACUAAGUUUGUGUGGCUUCGUUGAAAACAACUAUUUUUUUCUAACUUUGUUCCAGUGAAGAUGUGCUAUAGUGCCUCAAAAUACAACAGAAAAGCACAAGGUGCCAAGCAGCACAGUUUCAUAUCCUGGCCAAAUCC